AUGCAUAUCAAGGACAUGCUUAGCGAGGCGGAGAGGAGUGGGCAGCCCUCCUUCUCUUUCGAGUAUUUUCCUCCCAAGACCGCCCAAGGUGUUCAGAAUCUUUACGAUCGUAUGGAUCGCAUGUACAACCUCGGUCCCAAAUUUAUCGAUAUUACAUGGGGUGCUGGUGGCCGCAUUGCUGAGCUCACUUGCGAGAUGGUUCUUCAGGCUCAGGCUGUCUAUGGCCUUGAAACUUGCAUGCAUCUGACUUGCACUGACAUGGGUGUCGAGAAGGUUAACGAUGCUCUUCUAAAGGCAUACAAGGCCGGCUGCACCAACAUUCUGGCCCUUCGUGGUGACCCCCCCCGAGCCCAGGAUAAGUGGACUGCAGCCGAUGGAGGCUUCCAGUAUGCUCGUGAUCUUGUCAAGCAUAUCCGCGAUACAUAUGGCAAUCACUUUGACAUUGGCGUUGCAGGCUAUCCGGAAGGCUCCGACGACAACAAGAACGAGGACGAGCUACUCGACCACCUCAAGGAGAAGGUUGAUAUGGGUGCUACUUUUAUUGUCACACAGAUGUUCUACGACGCCGACAAUUUCAUUCGCUGGGUGAAGCGUGUUCGUGAACGUGGUGUCACCAUUCCUAUACUUCCCGGUAUCAUGCCCAUUGCCACAUACGCCAGCUUCCUGCGACGAGCCAACCACAUGCAGGCCAAAAUCCCCCAGGAGUGGCUUGACGCACUUGAGCCCGUCAAGAACGAUGAUGUUGCCGUCCGAAACAUUGGAAAGACACUGGUCGCCGAUAUGUGCAGGAAAUUGCUCGCCAAUGGUAUCCAUCACCUUCACUUCUAUACCAUGAACCUCGCCCAGGCCACCCGUAUGUUGCUCGAGGAACUCGCCUGGGCUCCUUCCGCUGAGCGCCCUCUCCAGCAAGCUCUCCCUUGGAAGCAGUCCAAGGGACUCAGACGCCGCGAAGAAGAUGUCCGACCUAUCUUCUGGAGAAACCGUAAUAAAUCAUAUGUUAUCCGCACACAAGACUGGGACGAGUUCCCUAACGGUCGAUGGGGUGAUUCUCGUUCUCCUGCCUUCGGAGAGUUGGACGCUUACGGCAUUGGGCUGACCGGCACCAACGAGGCGAAUCGCAAGAAGUGGGGAGAACCACAAACCAUCCAGGACAUUGCACAACUUUUCGUCCGUUAUCUGGAGAACAAGGCCGAAUCUUUGCCGUGGAGUGAGGCACCUCUCACUUCCGAAGCUGAUGAGAUCCGAGAUGGACUCAUCGAGUUGAACAAACGUGGACUGUUGACCGUGAACUCGCAGCCUGCUGUUAACGGUGUCAAGUCUUCACACCCUGUACAUGGCUGGGGCCCCGAUAACGGUUAUGUCUACCAGAAGUCAUACCUGGAGCUGCUGGUGCACCCUGAUGUCUUUGACGAGAUGAUCGGCCGUAUUGAGAGUCACCCUGACCUAACAUACUACGCUGUUACCAAGGAUGGUGAGCUCCGAUCUAACGUAACGUCCGACGGCCCCAACGCUGUCACUUGGGGUGUUUUCCCUGGAAAGGAAAUUGUGCAGCCUACUAUCGUUGAGAGCAUUAGUUUCCUCGCAUGGAAGGACGAGGCAUUCCGUCUCGGUGUCGAUUGGGCCCAUUGUUACGAUAUCACCUCUCCCAGUCGAGCCCUGCUCGAGGGAGUCAUGAACGAUUGGUAUCUCGUCAACAUUGUGAACAAUGAUUUCCACGACAAUAAGACCAUCUUUGAGCUUCUCAAGGGCCUCGAAGUGAAGGGCCUGACUACUCCUGCUACUCCCUUGUCAAAGGCUACAAACAAUGGCACUAUCGACUCCGAACCCGCUUCCAACGGUACUGCAGCUGCCGCAGUGGCUAACUAG